CUGAGCAGCCGCUCGUAGGAGCAGAUCACAGCAACAACAGCACAAAAAAAAAGAGAAAAGAAAUUCACACACAAAGCAGAGGCUUUCUCUGAUGCACUGACGCUGGAUUUGGGCUCACUUUAUAGACUGAGGUCAUGUGGAAGUCAAGACUCCGAGAGACGCACAUGUUUGUGAAUGUUUAAUCUGGUUUCCCAUUUACAGGAGCGGACACGAGCUGAAAGGAGGUCUGUAGCUGCUUUUCAGAUGUUGGACUAUUAUGGUCCAGCUUGAGAACACCAAGUGCAGUUUUCUCUUCUGCCUUGGAAUUUGCACCCUAAUAUGUUCUGCAAUCUACCUUAAAGCCAAAGUGGCUAGUGACCCUCUUCCUAUAAAUGACUUGACCACCCUAUCCCCAACCCCACCACCACUACCAUGCCCACCAUCCAACACCUGUGACAUUCUUCCACCUGCAACACCCGGGUUUAAAUGGCAAAGAAAAGACUGUGAGAAAAUCAGCUAUCACAUCCAACCAGACACCAACUGUGAUCUACUGCUGUCCCAGCUGCAUUUCAUCACAGCACCGCUGAGCAAAGAAGAAGAAGAUUAUCCUUUGGCUUUCAUCAUCACCAUACACAAAGAGCUUGCAACGUUUGUGCGACUCCUGAGAGCCAUUUAUGCACCGCAAAACGUCUACUGCAUUCACAUCGACCAGAAAGCAUCAGAAAAAUACAAGUCGAGCGUCAGAAACCUAUCCAGAUGCUUCCCAAACGUUUUCCUCUCAUCGGUCAAUGUAAAAGUAACCUACGCAGGCUUUUCCCGUCUGCAGGCCGACAUUAACUGCAUGAAGGACUUGGUGGAAUCUCCAAUUCAAUGGAAAAAGGUUAUAAAUUUGUGCGGUCAGGAUUACCCCAUCCAGACCAAUUUGGAGUUGGUGCGGUACAUGCAAACUCCUGAAUGGAAAGACAGGAACAUGACGCCGGGAAUCAAGCAGCCGCCUAGUAUGAGGUACAGGACUGCAUUUCAGUAUGUGGAGGUAAAAAACACCCACGUGGCUCAGACUGGGAGAAAGAAGGGACCACCACCGCAUAAUUUGAAGAUUUACUUCGGGACGGCUUAUUACUCCUUGACAAGACCGUUUGUGGAGUAUGUCCUCGACAACCCAGUGGCCAAAGACUUGCUGAGCUGGUCUAAAGACAGCUACAGUCCAGAUGAGCAUUACUGGGUGACGCUAAACCACAUUAAGGAAGCACCAGGCAGCAAUGUAGAAGGAGAAUGGGAAGGUAAUGUCCGCGCAGUCAAAUGGAGUGACCAACAAGGAACAGCACAUCAGGGUUGUAAAGGACAAUACAUCAGAGGUAUCUGCGUUUACGGGAUUGGCGACCUACCAUGGCUUAUUGAAAAAGAAAGCAUGUUUGCUAAUAAGUUUGAAAUGGCAAGCUUCCCAGAAGCACUGGACUGUAUGGAACUGUGGCACAGACAUAAAGUUCUCCAGCAAGCAACUGUUCCCAUUCAACCAUCAUGGCAUCUCACCACAGAAGUGGAAGUCGUAAACCGCACGCUCAUUCUAACACCAGGAGAUUGUGUCUGACUGAAUAUCACAGACAUUCAGAAGUUUACAGGCUAGCUGGCAUCUACACGCUCAAAAACACAAAUGAAGAACAUCGCAAAAUCAAGUUUCUCAUGUAGAUAAUAUUUUCAUAAAUAUUCCAUUUCAAGGCUCGCAAAAUUUCUAAAUCCCUAGUAGUUUUUUGGGCAAGAACACUUUAUUGUUUUUAGUAACCUGAAAUAAGUGUAAGUGGCCCGAAUAGAAAAUAUAUUAUUUAUUAAAUAAAAAGAAAUACACACAUUUACCAAAUAAAUAAUAAAUAAAUAAAAGUUGCAUCCAUAUGAAAGUUCUACAUUUGCAUACAUUGCAUUGAUUAUAGGCUGCGAUUAUAUAAUUUCUUUUUUUUUUUAAAUAACCACAUUUUAUUUAAUUAUUUUAAUUCAUUAAUUUAUUUACUUAUUAAUUGUCUCUAAAACAUCAUGUGAAAACCUCCAGGCAGGAAAAUUAUAUUCAAUAUAAUUACCCAAUUUGUGAGAGAAUGCAAAAGCAUUAAAGUAAUGUUUAUUUUCUUUUUUAAGAUUAAUUUUAGGUAGCCAGACUGGAAAACAAGAGCGGGAUGUCGGGCUAGCAGUUUUGCGGGUCCUGCAGUUGCAUGGCACUGCAGCUUGUGAUGUUUAAAUAUUGAAAACUUGUGAACGCUGAAGAUUUCAUGAGUGCGGAGUAAAUUAAUAGAUGUAAUGUUAAUAGUAAUAGACAAUUUGGUUUAAGUAUCAUUUCCCAAUGUUAACUUCUGGCUUAUUACCUGCUUGUUAUGAAGUUAUUGGCUGUUUAUUAGUAUUUAUAUAGUAUGGUCUUAUUCUACAUCCCUAAUCCUACAUAUUACCAUACUUCAUUACUAUUAAGAAGCAGCAAAUGAGUAAUUUAUUGAGCUAAAAUUCUUAGUUAAUUGCUUGUUCAUAGCAGAAUUGUACUUUUAAAUAAAGUGUGACUAAGUUAUAUUUAUUUUAUUUAUUUAUAUUUUGCACUGAUAUUUACUAAAUUAAUAAACUGUAGCUUAAUAAAGUUGUAUGCUCAGCAAAAUACUGCCGUUAUUAUUAAAUUAUAAAACAAUGUAAAGUUUUUUUUAAUUAUCUGUGAAAAUAAAAUAAUUUAAUUUCUGUAUGCAUUUAAUAAAGAAUUACGCAAAUACGUAAAUGAAAAUAUAAACAAACUUUUCCUUUAAAAAGAAGUUGUAAGUAACCAAACGUUUUGAGUUGUUUUUCACUGCACACCAUUACAGCAUUUCAUUGUACAGCUGUCAUAAAUGCAAGUUGCAUAUGUUUCAAUAUGUAAAUAUUCAUGCAAAAAGUGAUGUAUUCUGCUUUAAAAAAGUCUGUAGUCAAAUUUUAACUUCAGCACCAUUCAUUUUGUUUAGUCUUUGUGCUUUUGGUCAUUGCUGUCAACUGUAUUUGAUCAAUGAAACAUGGAUCAAGCACUUUUAUUUCCACUGUGGUCUUAAUAAUAUUAAUAAAUGUGUCACCUCAAUAAUCCGGAACAAAACAAAAUGGACCAAAUGUGAAUUAAAGGGGAACUAUGAUGAAAA